GUGCCUGUGCUGCAGCCCAUGGACCUGAUGGUGGAGGCCACGGCCAGGCGUGUGUUCAGCAACGCCCACACCUACCACAUCAACUCCAUCUCCGUCAACUCCGACCUGCAGACCUUCAUCUCCACGGACGACCUCCGAGUCAACCUCUGGAACUUGGAGAUCACGGACCGCAGCUUCAACAUUGUGGACAUCAAGCCAGCCAACAUGGAGGAGCUGACGGAGGUGAUCACCUCAGCAGAGUUCCACCCGCAGCAGUGUAACACCCUGGCCUACAGCAGCAGCAAGGGCUCCAUCCGCCUCUGUGACAUGAGGGAGGCCGCACUCUGCGACAAACACUCCAAGUACUUUGAGGAGCCCGAGGAUCCAUCCACUCGUUCCUUCUUCUCAGAGAUCAUCUCCUCGGUCUCUGACGUCAAGUUCAGCCACAGCGGACGCUACCUGCUGACCAGAGACUAUCUCACCGCCAAGGUGUGGGACCUGCAGAUGGAGAACAAACCCCUGGAGACCUACCAGGUCCAUGACUACCUGAGGGGCAAGCUGUGCUCUCUGUAUGAGAACGACUGCAUAUUCGACAAGUUUGAGUGUGUCUGGAACGGCUCAGACAGUGUGAUCAUGACCGGUUCCUACAACAACUUCUUCCGGAUGUUCGACCGGAACACCAAGCGGGACGUGACCCUGGAGGCUUCCAGAGAGAACAGCAAACCCAGGGCCAUCCUCAAACCCCGCAAGGUGUGUGUGGGCGGGAAGCGUCGUAAGGACGAGAUCAGCGUGGACAGCCUGGACUUCAGCAAGAAGAUCCUGCACACCACCUGGCACCCCACGGAGAACAUCAUCGCCGUGGCAGCAACCAACAACCUCUACAUCUUCCAGGACAAGGUCAACUAGAGGUCAACCCCGGGCCUCACAACCCCUGACCCCAACGCAUGAGGGGCGGGAGAUGGAGGAUGGAGGAAGGAAUGGAGGGAUGGAGGAGGAGGAAGAGAGCUGUAUCCCCUGUAUGUACAGUGUGUUGUGUCCUGGGUGAGAUCCUGGUGUCUGGUAAGACUGCUGACCUGCUGUUCCACAGCUCUGCGGGGGGGCACAGUUUUUCGAGACGAGGAAUUUUGGCAAGGCACAGAAAAUUGAGAGUUCAGACUCUCAAAUCCAGAAAUUCUGGAAUGUGGUCGAUCGGGAGACGGAAUACACUUGAGUGAAAGAGGCUUCUGGACUAGAUGGAAAACGAGACGUCUUCUGCACAAACCACUCCGCCUCCCCGAUACAAAUUCGUAUUUAUUUUCUUUUGUCAUGCGACGCUGUGAAGAAUGUGGGGGCUGCAUAUUCAUACUGACAGGCAGGAGAAUUCUGGACCCAUGGACUAAGAAGUAGCAAUCCUCGAACACCUUUGUCUGUGGAUAAACACGGGAUAUGGGGACAUUAAGCAUAGAGCACACAGUUCAAUUCUGCCUGCCCUGGAGGAAGUGUGUGACGUAGCAACGUCUCCCUGUUUACCCCGCCUACCCACCAGUCUAUUGGCUGGAACAGGACCGUUGUCACGGUGUCGUGUCUGGACAGGAAGAGACUGUUCCAUUCCGACCCCUGACCCUUCUCAAUAGCACCGGAGUUGAGAGGGGGAUUGUUUCUGCCUGCUGUGAACCAGCCUGGUGAAGGUUGAUCUCUCUCUCUUUUUUUUCAUGUUCCGUGUCUCCAGUAGGGGGCAUCAAGUCAAUGUGAACGAGGCCUUCGUAGGCUUGGUACGAUGGUUUUAUUUAAAAUGCUGUAAUUGUUUUCCUUUUUUGUUCUUCUCUUUAGUCGAUGAUGAUUCUGUUUUAGAAGCUGUGGUGCCUUCUUUUGG